AAACGAAAAAUCCGACGCCUCAGACAAUCCAUGUCUGGCAUUAAUCUCAGUCGGGAUGCCGGAGCGGAAGGUUCGACCACGGACUUCAUCGUCGCAACACCCGAAGAGUUCGUCAGCCGUUCUGGAGGAACUCACCCUAUCAACAAUAUCUUGAUAGCGAAUAACGGAAUUGCGGCAGUCAAAUGCAUGAGAUCGAUACGAAGAUGGUCGUACGAAAUGUUCAAUAACGACCGAGCGAUCCGUUUCGUCGUGAUGGUCACGCCAGAAGAUCUGGCAGCGAACGCGGAAUACAUUAAAUUGGCCGAUCAUUGUGUCCCUGUACCCGGAGGCUCCAACAACAACAACUAUGCGAACGUGGACCUUAUUCUCGACAUUGCGAAACGAGUCGGCGCACAGGCGGUGUGGGCGGGUUGGGGCCACGCUUCGGAGAAUCCGCGAUUGCCGGAGUUGCUUUCGAAAAACGAAAUCGUUUUCAUGGGACCCCCAGAGAAGGCUAUGUGGGCUCUUGGUGACAAGAUCGCUAGUAGCAUCGUCGCGCAAACGGCCGAUAUUCCAACUUUACCGUGGAGCGGCGCUGAACUGAAAGCUGACUGGGACGGCAGUAACGCGGAAAAACUCCGAAUAAAACCAGACCUCUACAAGAAAGGUUGCGUCGGCUGUGUGGACUCCGGGCUCGAGGCAGCUCUGAAGAUCGGCUUCCCAGUCAUGAUCAAAGCCUCGGAAGGUGGCGGUGGUAAGGGGAUCCGGAAAUGUGAACGCGUCGAGGAUUUCCCCUCGUGUUUCCGUCAGGUACAAUCGGAAGUGCCGGGCUCUCCGAUUUUCAUUAUGAAGCUCGCUGUUAACUCACGGCAUCUGGAAGUUCAGUUGUUGGCCGACAACUACGGAAACGCGAUUUCACUCUUCGGACGAGAUUGUUCCAUCCAGAGAAGGCAUCAGAAAAUCAUCGAAGAAGCCCCGUGCGUAAUCGCGGACCGUACGGUAUUCGACCAGAUGGAGAGGGCCGCUGUUCGAUUGGCAAAAAUGGUUGGCUACGUGUCGGCGGGAACCGUUGAAUACCUCUACAACGAAGACGGGAACUUCUAUUUUCUCGAGUUGAAUCCUCGACUCCAGGUAGAGCAUCCUUGCACUGAGAUGAUCAGUAACGUCAAUCUCCCCGCGUGCCAGAUGCAAAUCGCUAUGGGGGUGCCCCUGUUCCGGAUUAAAGAUAUCCGCUUGCUGUACGGCGAGAGUCCUUACGGCUGCAACGUGAUCGACUUCGAUCACCCUCAUCGCAAGCCGCGGGGUCACGUGAUCGCGGCGAGGAUCACAUCCGAGAAUCCCGAUGAGGGUUUCAAACCGUCGGCGGGCGGCUUGCAGGAGCUCAACUUCCGGAGCAACAAGAACGUCUGGGGCUACUUCUCGGUGGGGGCAUCCGGUGGACUCCACGAAUUCGCUGAUUCCCAGUUCGGUCAUUGUUUCUCGUGGGGAGAGGAUCGCGAAGAAGCCCGAGAGAAUCUCGUCAUCGCUCUCAAGGAACUGUCGAUCAGGGGUGACUUCAGGACCACUGUGGAGUACUUGAUCACUCUGUUGGAGACGCAAGCGUUCAGGGAGAACACGUGCGACACCGGAUGGUUGGAUCAACUCAUCGCUGAGCAAGUGAAGUCCGAAAAGCCGGACAUCAUGUUGUCCGUGACCAGCGGUGCCCUGCACGUUGCCUACAAGACCAUCCGCGAAAAUUUCUCGGGAUUCCAGGCAGCUCUCGAGAAAGGUCAAAUACUGCCGAUGUCAUCACUGAACAAGACCUACGCUGUGGAUCUUGUAGCCGACGGUGUGAAAUACUCGGUGGAAGUCUCGCAAAGCGGGCCGAACGGCUACUUUUUGGUUAUGAACGGCAGCUACCGGGAGCUCGAAGCUCACCAGCUCUCCGAUGACCGACUCCUGAUCAGCAUCGACGGAUCCUCCUACACUACUUAUAUGAGAGAAGAAGUCGACCGUUAUCGGGUAGUCAUCGGCAAUCAGACAUGUGUGUUCGAGAAAGAGAAAGAUCCCUCGGUGCUGAGAUCGCCAUCGACGGGCAAACUACUCCAGUUCCUGGUAGAAGACGGCAGCCACGUUCUCGCCGGUCAGCCCUACGCUGAGAUCGAGGUGAUGAAGAUGGUUAUGACAUUGACUGUCGAGGAAACCGGUACGGUGUUCACCAUGAAGAGGCCUGGCGCAGUUUUAGAAGCCGGCGCUGAACUGGCGCGACUUGAACUGGACGAUCCGAGCCGGGUGAACAAGGCUCAGCCCUACCCUCACGGCUUUCCUUCGAUCGAAUCGGAGCGCCACAGAUACGAUCGGCUCAAUCAGCAGUUUUCAAGCGCCAAGUGCGACCUGGAGAACAUUCUCGACGGUUACGUCAUACCUGAACCGUAUCUGUCUCAGCGAGUGGAGAGGUCGCUUGAGAUCUUCAUGCGGACCCUCCGUGAUCCACGGCUGCCUCUCAUGGAGCUCAAGGAUAUCAUAGCUUCGAUAUCGGGCCGAAUCCCCCCGCAAGUGGAGUCUAACAUACGUGAUCUAAUGGAAGCUUACGACAAGAACAUCACUUCUGUCAUGGCCCAGUUUCCCUCGCAGGGCAUCGCUUCGGCGAUUGACGGACAUGCCGCCACGCUUCAGAAGCGGAGCGAUAGAGACGUUUUCUUUCUGAGAACGCAAGGCAUCGUCCAGCUCGUUCAGAGGUACCGAAACGGAAUCGGCGGCAGAAUGAAGGUCGUGCUGCAGGAACUCCUAGGGAAGUACUUGAGCGUAGAGAUGGAUUUCCAGAACGGACAAUACGACAAGUGCGUCGCGAUGCUCCGCGACAAACAUAAGGACUCCAUCAAGACAAUCGUGGAGAAGAUCUCCUCGCACUACAACGUAGGCAGGAAGAACCAUCUCAUGAUCAAACUCAUCGACCAUCUUCGCGCACACGAGCCCAGACUCGUUGACGAGCUGAGCGCGACCCUGAACGAGCUCACGACGCUGAGCGAGCAGGAUAACGCGAGGGUUGCUCUCCGCGCUCGUCAAGUACUCAUCGCGACCCACCAGCCCAGUUACGAUAAGAGGCGCAACCAGAUGGAAUCGAUCUUCCUCUCUGCCAUCGACAUGUACGGACAGGACUUCCGUCCCGAAAUCCUCCAGAAACUCAUCAUGUCCGAAACAUCGAUCUUCGACGUCCUCCAGGACUUCCUCGAUCACUCUGAUCACAGAGUGAGGAAAACCGCUCUCGAGAUCUAUAUCCGACGAGCCUACAUCUCGUACCAUCUGACAGGCCUGGAGCAUCUAGAAUCGUGGAGCGGAGUCCGCGCAGCCCAGUACCAGUUUCUGUUGCCAAGCUCUCAUCCGAAUCGGUAGGCAGGCUCCUCCAUAUCCCUAGUCAUCUGCAUACUGGCUAACCUAUCGGAGCAGGGGGAAAAGGCCACGUGGGAGGAGGCGCCCUCGCGGGAUUUCGAUUCUCUGAGAAUUGGAGUCAUGGCAGUGUUCAAUACGUUCGAUCAAUUCCUGGCCGAGUUCCAUAACACUCUUGAUCUGCUGAAUUGGAAGUCAUCAACAGAGAACUCAGGAGCUCGCGAACGGAGCUCGGGCUCGCUCGGUGAAAGCGGAGAAGCGAUGGAAAAGCAGUCCGAGCCAACGAACAUCGUGUCCGUCGCUGUCAGGUACAACGGUGAACUCGAAUCCGACCUCAGGGAGAAGUUCCACAAGUUCUGUCAAGAGCGACGCGAUGAGUUGAAGGACCGACGGAUACGACGAAUAACUUUCCUCGUCCUGCAAAAGGGGAGAUUCCCUCAAUACUACACGUUCAGGCAUCGUGACGAAUUCCGGGAAGAUGCGAUCUAUCGUCAUCUGGAACCGGCGCUUGCGUUCCAAUUGGAAAUCGACCGCUUGAGGAACUACGACCUCGAGGCCAUUGCCACGGCUGCCCUCAAAAUGCACCUUUACAUAGGCAAAGCCAAAGUGCCCGACGGGCAAGCGGUGACAGACUACCGCUUCUUCAUACGAGCGAUCAUCCGUCAUUCGGACCUCAUAACGGAAGAGGCUUCGUAUGAGUACAUGCAGAACGAAGGAGAGAGGCUCCUGCUCGAAGCUAUGGACGAGCUCGAAGUGGCGUUCACUCAUCCGGACGCCAAGAAGACGGACGGAAAUCAUAUUUUCCUCAACUUCCUGCCAAAAGUCACCAUGGAUCCAAUGAAAAUCGCCGAGAACGUCCGAUCCAUGGUCCUCCGCUACAGUCCUAGACUGUUGAGACUUCGCGUGCUUCACGCCGAAGUCAGAAUGGUCAUCCGUCUUCCCGGAUCCGGUGGGAAGUUCAUCCCCGUGCGGCUUUUUUUGGUCAAUGACAGCGGUUACUUUCUCGACGUCUCCGUCUAUAAAGAAGUGGUGGAUCCACAAACGGGCAUAAUGCGAUUCGAAGCAUGGCCCGGAAGCAAACAAGGCCCCUUCAACGGUCUGCCGAUUUCCACGCCAUAUGUGACAAAAGACUACCUGCAACUUAAACGAUUCCAAGCACAGUCUUUUGGCACGACGUACGUGUACGACUUUCCGGACAUGUUCAGACAAGCACUGCACGGACAGUGGGAGGACCACAUCGACCUGCAUCCCGAGCUUGAGGUCCCGAAUAUUUUUGUUGAAGCUGUAGAGCUGGUAUUGAACGGUGAAAACGAGCUCGUCGAAACGAAGAGGCUGCCUGGAGAAAAUGAUGUCGGGAUGGUCGCCUGGCGAAUGCGUCUCUACACUCCAGAGUACCCAGAAGGACGAGACGUGAUCGUCAUUGCAAACGAUAUCACCUACAACUUGGGAACCUUCGGGCCCAAGGAAGAUAUUCUGUUCUGCAAGGCGUCUGAACGCGCUCGUCACUUGACUAUUCCACGCCUAUACGUUUCCGCAAACUCCGGGGCUCGAAUCGGACUCGCCGAAGAAAUUAAGGAGCUCGUCGAACUUGCCUGGAUUGACCCCGAAGAUCCCGACAGAGGCUUCAAAUAUCUGUACCUGACGCCGGAGAGCUACAAAAAGGUAUCCGCACUCAAUUCGGUCAAUACAGAGCUGAUCGAGGACGAGGGUGAGUCGCGAUACAGGAUCACGAGCGUCAUCGGGAAACAGGACGGUAUCGGCGUCGAGAAUCUGAGCUACGCAGGAAUGAUAGCCGGAGAAACGUCUCGAGCCUACGACGACAUUGUCACCAUCUCUCUGGUCACCUGCAGAGGCAUCGGUAUCGGCGCGUACCUCGUCCGACUCGGCCAGAGGACGAUCCAACUGGAGUCGUCCCACAUAAUUCUGACUGGUGCGGGCGCCCUGAACAAGCUUCUGGGUCGAGAAGUGUACUCGUCGAACAAUCAGCUCGGUGGCACCCAGAUCAUGUACGAGAACGGCGUAUCGCACGUGACGGUAUCCGACGACCUCGAAGGUUGCCGUACGAUGCUGAGAUGGCUGUCGUAUAUGCCGAAGUCGAAGGGCAGCGAGCUGCCUAUCAUGGAAAGCAUCGAUCCCUAUGACAGAGACGUAGUUUUCACUCCGACCAAGGCCCCGUAUGACCCUCGCUGGCUGCUCGCCGGUCGAGAGAGUCCCAAUCUACCGGGCUUCUGGGAGGAUGGAUUCUUUGACCGAGGGAGUUUCUCGGAAAUCAUGGCGAACUGGGCGAAGACCGUCGUUGUCGGAAGGGCCCGUCUCGGAGGAAUUCCCGUCGGGGUGAUUGCCGUCGAAACCCGUACAGUCGAGAUCGCGUACCCGGCUGAUCCCGCCAAUCUCGAGUCGGAGGCGAAAAUCAUCUCACAAGCCGGACAGGUGUGGUUCCCGGAUUCAGCGUACAAGACCGCUCAGGCCAUAAAUGAUUUCAACCACGAAGGCCUGCCGCUCAUCAUAUUCGCCAAUUGGCGUGGAUUCUCCGGCGGCAUGAAAGACAUGUACGAUCAGGUUCUGAAAUUCGGUGCCUUAAUUGUUGAUGCGCUCCGAAAAUACAAACAGCCCGUACUGGUGUACAUCCCGCCGUUCGGUGAGCUCCGAGGAGGAGCGUGGGCGGUGUUGGAUGCCACGAUCAAUCCAUGCCACAUGGAAAUGUAUGCGGAUCCCGAAUCUCGUGGAGGUGUCUUAGAACCUGAGGGAACGGUCGAGAUUCGUUUCCGAAAGAAGGAUCGCGUGAAGAUGAUGCACCGCAUUGAUACAGAAUGCUGCAGACUGCUCCAGAAAAUCGGUUUAUCCAAAGGCGGAGAGAGGUCCGCGCUCGAAAAACAGUUGCGAGUGCGGGAGGAGCAGUUGGACCCGAUAUACCUUCAGGCAGCGUUGACUUACGCCGAUCUCCACGAUACCCCCGUCCGGAUGAUGGAGAAGAACGUCAUUCGAGAUAUUGUGCAAUGGUCCAAAUCACGACAAGUAUUCUACUGGCGGAUGAGGCGUCUGCUUCUGCAGGAUGAGAUGAAAAAAGCCAUCCUGUCGGCGAAGGUGCACCUGAAAGAAGCCGAACUCGAAUCAACGUUCAGACGCUGGUUCUUGGAGUCUCAGGGCGCAGUGAACAACUACUUGUGGGACAAUGACGAGGUUGUAACGAAGUGGCUCCACGAACAGUUAUACCCCACUAAUCAUCAUUCAAGUCUUGUCCUGGACAAUAUACAAAGCAUCAAGGAUGACGGCGUGCUCCCCGAUCUGAAGAAGCUCGUUGACGCUAACCCUCAAAAUCUGAUGGAACUCACCGCCUACAUGAUGAGCCGAUUGAAGGUACAAGAGGCCCUCGAUCUGAUAUCGGCCUUCAACAAAAAUUGGCCGCCAGUGAAAGCAGCUCCAGCGAUGAGAGUGCGACAGAGACUUAAUCAGAGCUGUGCUCAAUGGAAUUCUCAAGAAAAUAAUAUAUCCUCAUGAAGCUCCU